CCGCAGACGGUUACACUCAGUCAGCUCUGUUCUGUUUUUUAUUGUUUGUUGUCAAGGUACUGGGCCAUUAUUGUUUUAGAUAAUGGACGAUAGGGCAACUUUAAUUCGUUUAGAUGAUGACACUAGUGAUGAUGAUGACCCGACCGCGGCGCAAAAAGAGAUGGACCAAAGCUCGAAACCGAUACAAGAGAUACAAGAAGAGCCCAGCGGCAGUUCUUCAGGUCAAGGAGCGCCCAGUAAUUCGGGGAAUUACCACUUAAUAGAUGAUGACCAGUCUGUGCUGACAGGCACCAAUGCAUCGCCUACUGCUCCUGAGGACCCAAUUAAUGGAAGUUCAAAUGGGAAUAUCAACAGUUCGGAACCCAUUUUCCAUCUGAGAUCCCGCACAGCAGCGGCCUCAACUCCCAAUUACGAGAGCUUGGACUACGAAGUCUGCGAAAACGCGCUCUUCCAAGACGAAGAACGAAAAAGGCUAACAGAACGCUUCUCCCUGCGCAAGGAUAUCAUAAGAUGGAUCAUAUUUAUACAGAUUGGCAUCAUCACAGCGCUUAUAGCCUGCACCAUAGAUAUCAUAAUCGAGGAGCUGUCGGAACGGAAGUACACUUUUCUGUUCAACGCUGUUCAAAGAAACGUCCCCCUAAGCGACUCCAGCUCAGGCGACCUUGUGAUCCCGUACCUUUACUGGCUCCUAUUCAGCAUUCUGCCCGUGGCCUUUGGAGCAGCCAUGGUCACCUACAUCGAGCCCAUAACCGCCGGCAGUGGUAUACCGCAGGUGAAAAGCUACCUGAACGGCGUAAAAAUACCGCGAAUUGUACGGAUCAAGACGCUGGCUGUGAAGGCAAUCGGAGUGAUAACGUCGGUGGUGGGCGGAUUGGCCGGAGGAAAGGAGGGUCCUAUGAUUCAUGCCGGGGCCGUGGUGGCUGCCGGAAUCUCACAGGGCAAGAGCACCACGUUUGUCAAGGACUUCCGGGUGUUCAAAGCAUUCCGGGAUGAUCACGAAAAACGAGAUUUCGUUUUGGGAGGCGGAGCAGCCGGAGUUUCAGCGGCUUUCGGUGCACCGAUUGGAGGCAUGCUGUUCUCCCUGGAAGAAGCUGCUAGCUUCUGGAACCAGAAUCUCAUUUGGCGAACUCUAGUGGCCUCCAUCAUCAGCGUGUUCACCCUGAACAUUGUUUUGUCAGCUUACCACGGCCUAAAUGAUUUCACGUUCACGGGUCUCUUCAACUUGGGCAAAUUCGAUACGCCGUUAAAGUUCGACUACUUCGAGCUGCCAAUCUUCAUGAUCCUGGGUGUAACCGGAGGAUUACUUGGAGCCGCGUGGAACUCCCUGAACACAAAAAUCAAUAAAUUUCGGAAGCGCUUCAUCCCCUGGAAGAUUGGGAAGGUUAUUGAAGCUGUCGUAGUGGCCAUGCUUGGCGUUACUCUGGCUUGCCUUAUGAUCUACUUCAUUAACGAUUGUCGUCCCCUAGGCAACGACCCAACCAACAAUCCUGUACAGCUGUUCUGCGAGGACAACGAAUAUAAUGCGGUGGCUGCCCUGUGGUUUCAAACACCAGAAGCUACAGUUCGAUCUUUGUUCCACGAUCCCCCAGGAUCUCACAAAAUCCUAACACUAGCUCUGUUCACGGUCGUCUACUAUGUGUUAUCCUGUGCCACCUUUGGUCUCAAUGUCUCCUUGGGUGUAUUCAUCCCAACUGCUCUGGUGGGCGCUGCUUGGGGGCGUCUUUUGGCCAUGCUUACUUUUUACAUGUUCCCGCAGGCGGAGUUCCUUCAUCCGGGCAAAUAUGCUCUGAUAGGAGCAGCCGCUAAUUUGGGUGGAGUGCUGCGGAUGACCAUUAGCUUGUCGGUUAUUUUAAUGGAAACAACUGGUGUGGAGAGUUCCUUCUUCUUUCCCCUAAUCAUUGCGUUAAUCACAGCCAAGUGGGUGGGUGACUACUUCAAUGAGGGUAUCUAUGAUACACAAAUCCAAGUGAAUCAUGUUCCCAUGCUGACUUGGGAGCCGUUGCCACAAUACAAGGGCCUGAAAGCGCACGACAUUCUGAGUAGUCCUGUGGUCUGCAUCAAGCUUCGCGACAGCGCUCACUACAUAUAUAAGAUGUUGAAAAAGUGCGAUCACAAUGGUUUCCCCGUUGUGGAUAAUGUGAAGGGGGAUCGUCGCUCGGAAGGUCGCGUGUGUGGGAUCAUCUUGCGCUCUCAGCUGAUUGUCAUCUUGUUGAAGUCUUUGUACGUGGAGAACAAGCGGUUCUGGCUGCCAGAGACCACUAUUCAAACCUUUAGAGACGUUUAUCCGCGGUACCCGUCAAUCAAGAGUGUUCGCAAGCUAGAUGACAAAAUCAAUUACACUGUGGACUUGUCCAUGUUUAUGAAUCCUUCUCCUGUUCGAGUCAAUCCACACGAUUCGGUUCCGAGAAUUUUUCAGAUUUUCCGCGCCUUGGGUUUGCGUCACUUGUUGGUUAUCAACAACGAGAAUCGCAUUGCAGGCAUUAUAACGAGGAGAGAUUUUAUUUACAAGUAACUUGUUUGCAUUCAAUGCAUCUCUUUAUGUAUUUCUAUCGCAUGCCAAAAGAUAAUAAAUAUUUUAUAUACCUUUGUA